CGGGCACCCGCCUUGGUCUUGCUGUUCUCAUCGGCAAGCAUCUGCUUCCUCUCAGUCGAGUUCUUCAACUCAAAGCGUUCGCUCCUGUGAAUCUUCUCUGUAUCUGCCAGAUACCCGUUGGCUAUACCCCCGCUCCUCCAACUCAUACCCAAGCACCUCGAUUUUGGCCGGAUACCCUCGUCUAUCGAAUACUGAUUCCCGAACGCCUGCUGUCGACAAGAACUGCUCCGUUUCACCAACGAUAUCUGCAGCUGCAUUGAAGAGAAAGCUCGCCCGUGUCGAACCCAUCUGACAACCCCCGCAUUCUCACGAUUGUCGAUACUUCACAAAAGGACUGCAUAAACUCACAAAAAAAAUCGAAUACCCCCAAAAGCUCAAAAAAAAAGCACUUCGUCUCGCUUUAUCGAAACCCAGUAACCACUUCCCGCCUAUCGUCUGAAUAUCGUACUACCCAGUCAAUAUGGUUCGUCAAAACACCAACGCUACUACCAAGGUCGCUCAGAACCCCUCCCAGUCUGCCCAGCAGCAAUUGAACGCCAAGAAGGCCGCCUUGCCUAACCUCCCUGCCGGCAAGGCUGCUACGCCCUCUAAGGCCGCCUCUCCUACCAGCAAGUCGGCUACUCCUGCUCAGCGCCCUGCCUCCCCUCCUGCCAAGGCUGCUCAAGCCCCUGCCAAGGCCGCUGCUCCCGCCCAGCGCCCCGCUUCUCCCACCAACAAGAUGGCCCAGGCCCCUGCCAAGGCUGCUGCUCCGGUGAAGGCUGCCACUCCAAUGAAGGCUGCUUCCCCUGCCAAGGCUGCUCCUGCUCCUGCCAAGGCUGCUCAGGCUCCUGCCAAGGCCGCCACUCCUGCUCAGCGCCCCGCUUCUCCCACCAACAAGAUGGCCCAGGCCCCUGCCAAGGCUGCUGCUCCGGUGAAGGCUGCCACUCCAAUGAAGGCUGCUUCCCCUGCCAAAGCUGCUCCUGCUCCUGCCAAGGCUGCUCAGGCCCCUGCCAAGGCUGCCACUCCUGCUCAGCGCCCCGCUUCUCCCACCAACAAGGCUGCCCAGGCACAGUCUCCUACCAAGGCCACUUCGCUGAUUCCUUCUCAGCGUUCAGUUUCCCCUACCCCCCAGAAGACACUCGCUAAGCCCGCCCCAAUCAACUCGCGCCCUUCCAGCAAUGCCAGCAGCCAGACCCACAGCCGCCAGUCCAGCAAGUCUCCCAGCAAGUCGCCCAACCGCCAGGAGUCUUCUUCCAACCUCAACCCCGAUCUGUUCUCUCCUCAGUUCUUCACCGAGCCUGCUUCGUACACUGCCAAGCUUAGCCCGGUUACUUCUCCCCACUAUGCCGAUGGCCAUUCUCGCAGCUCGUCAGCCAAGUCUCCAACCCAGGCUGCUGCUCCCGCAAAGACUGCUGCUCCUGCCAAGGCCGCUGCUCCAGUGAAGUCUGCCACUCCUGCCAAGGCUGCUUCCCCUGCCAAGGCUGCUCAGGCUCCUGCCAAGGCUGCUCAGGCUCCUGCCAAGGCUGCCACUCCUGCUCAGCGUCCUGCCUCUCCCACCAAUAAGAUGGCCCAGGCUCCCGCCAAGGCUGCUACUCCGGUGAAGGCAGCCACCCCUGCCAAGGCAGCCACUCCCGCCCAGCGUCCUGCCUCUCCCACCAACAAGAUGGCCCAGGCCCCUGCCAAGGCCGCUGCUCCAGUGAAGGCGGCCACUCCUGCUCCUGCCAAGGCUGCUCAGGCUCCUGCCAAGGCUGCUCAGGCUCCUGCCAAGGCCGCUACUCCCGCUCAGCGCCCCGCUUCUCCCACCAACAAGAUGGCUCAGGCCCCCGCCAAGUCUCCAACUACCUCCCGCACCGUCACACCCGUUCCCAAGGUUUCUGCCAGUGCUCAGGGCCAAAUGAAGGCCCUGGACCAGAAGCUCAAGGCCUCCACCACUCCUUCGUUCCAAAAGCCCACUCCCACCAUCCAGGCCAGAGUUGCUCCGACUUCUGCCGGGCUCGGCUCCAAGGAGGCCACCUCUCCCCAAAACAAGAAGAGCCUGAUCCACACCCCGUCGAACAAGACCAAGUCCGGAGCCUCGAGCCCCUCGAAGGUGGGUCAUCCUCACGAUCUCGAUGACGACGCUGCCCACUCUCCUUCCCGAGACAAGAUUCCUCUCGGCAAGCGUAGAUCCCACCACUUUUAA